AUGUCAUCUACUUCAAAGUCUCUAAGGAUGGUAAUUAUGGGUGCACCUGGAUCUGGAAAAGGCACCCUAACAUCUAGAUUAUUGUCCAAGUUUCCGCAAAUCCAUUCACUGUCCACAGGGGAUGUGUUAAGAAGGGAAAUAGCAGCUAACUCAAAGAUAGGAGAAAUCGCAAAAGAUUCAAUUGCUAAAGGCCAGUUGCUUCCAGAUUCUUUUAUGGCGUCCCUAGUCCAGAAUGAAUUGAACAAAAACAACUGGUUGGAUGGCAAAACCUCCUUUUUGUUUGAUGGUUUCCCAAGAACAGUAGGUCAAGCACAGGCUUUAGAGCCAGUUUUGCGUCCCCAUAAUGCAGAGAUCAACUUUGUUGUUGAGUUGAAUGUUCCACCUGAGAUAAUCUUAGAUAGAAUUGCAAACAGAUGGGUCCAUUCUUCAGGUAGGGUAUAUAACCUACAAUAUAAUCCACCAAAAGUACCUUUUAAAGAUGAUAUUACUGGUGAACCGCUAUACAAGAGACCAGAUGACAACCCGGAAACCUUCAAGGUUAGAUUAGAUAAAUAUUUCUCUGAAUUGGAACCAAUUAGAGAGUAUUAUGAACAGAAGGGUGUUUAUCAUGUAGUUUCAGGUAAUAGUUCCGAUAUUAUUUUCCCACAACUACUGUCACUCGUUCAUAAACAAUUAUCCUGA